AUUGUUGUGAUAAGGACAAAAGUAUUCAAUCUUCUCUGAUCAAAAACAUUAGGUCCUGCAAGCCCAUAUUUAUACCGAAUGAAGAAAAGUUCUUUAAAACAGAUCCGUUUGAUUGCAUGAACUACGUGCGUUCGCGGCCAGCAGUGCGUUCUGAUUGUACAUUUGGACCCAUGGAACAAAUGAACCAAGCUACCCAUUAUUUAGACGCGUCGAUGAUAUAUGGUACGACGGAACAACAAAUGAUGUCGUUGAGACAUAUGGAGUACGGCCGAGUGAAGGCAGGAGUCCUAAUUAAGUAUCCGGUAAAAACUAACAUCACUCCGGAAAACCCCUAUACGAACGUUUGUCAGGACGGUUCCGGCACUUGUUAUAAGUUUGGCGACAUUCGAGCAAACGCGUUCCCUCAACUUUCUACCUUGUACAUGCUGUGGAUAAAUGAACACAACCGGUUAUCCUACCAACUGUCUCGAGAAAAACCUAACUGGACUGACGAUCAACUUUUCUGGGAGACCAGGAAAAUCGUGACGGCGUGCAUUCAGCACAUCACGUACAACGAAUGGCUGCCGGCACUGCUUGGCGUUAACUACACCAAGGAAAACGGUUUGGGACUGGGAAACAGUACCACGUAUGACGAGAAUGCCGACCCGACAGUUAGCAACAGCUUCGCGACCGCGAUACUGCCUUUUGCCAAUUCCAUGAUCACCGAUAAAAUUAGUUAGGCAUAU